AUGGAGGUCUGGUGUGCGGAAAUUGAGGUGCAGGAGAAUGGAGAGGGGGAGUUGUGGGGGAGGGUUGAGUGGUUUGAUGUUGUUCAUAAGGUUCCCGUUGGGUCGUCCAUUGCUUACAAAAUUUUGCCUGAGAUUUGGACGGCCAGGCAUAUGGAAAGAUUGAAUGAUUGUGCAGGUGGAUUUAGAGGAUUGGUCACGGACAGUAAUGGGUAUGCAGGCCAUAGAUCCAAUCAGGGUUCAUGUCUUGCUCGUUUGGUGGAAUAG